AUGUCGAAGCCUCCUGAAGAAGCCAGGGAAGAAAAGCCCCUCAUCACCCCUGCAAAUCAAGGGCUUCCAGACUUGUUCAAGACUUUCAAACGCUUCUCGACGAAAGAAUGGUUGGAGACGCUGCUCCAAGACCCCUCUGAUUUCAAGAACCUCAAGGUCAACUCAAUCACGUGGAUCAAGGCUCUCGCCUCCCCGUUCUCCCAUGAAUUCAUCCAGUUCAUUGUCGAGGACUCUGUUAGCCGCCAACAGACGCGUAUUGCCGCUGGCCGAGAAGAAACUGGUGACUGGGUCCUCGUCGGCUGGAAUUGGGCCUCGGGGGACACGCCAUCCGAUCAUUAUAAGCUCCCGCUGCCACUCCUGUCAGUCACUUUCGAUGAUCCCAACAAGAAACCGGACUUGCGAGCGCUGGCUUACGUGCUGUCUGCGACGACGGAAAAGCAUCCUGCCUAUAAGUUUCGGAGAGAAAUGUGCUGGUGGUACGCCGAGACUGUGUUGGAGGUGAUGCAUGAACAAUUUGGUGGGAAGGUCAAGGAAUGGGAGUGGUCGAGGUAUCGAUAUUCGUUUAUUGUUAAGACGAGCUUCAUCCGGCGCAGAGCCUUGACCAAACAUGCCGAGUCGUUCAAACGCCAGCUGGCCGAGGAGAUGAGUUACUAG